AUGAAAAGCGUUACAGACUUGGAUUCUCCUCCAGCACAAACAAUGCAGAAUGUAAGUGAAAGGAAAAAUUUCUGUGGAGGAAUGCAAUGUGCUGAAUCUGUUACUCCGUCAGGAACAAAGGAGGUCCAUAUGAUUACUGAACAAGUCUUGGGUACUUUAAAUGAGGAUGACAGUUUAUCUACCUUGCCCAAUACCUUAGAAAAAAAUAAAGCUCAUUCUUUUGAUGCCUUGUCUUGUGAUGCUACCGAUUGGGUUGAUGAUCAGAAGAAUGAAAUUGAAGCAGAGCCAUCAUGUCAUAUAGUUGAGAUGGCUAACCCAGCUGCCUUAAUGGGGUCAUUGACAGAAAAACUAACAAAUGAUUGUGAUGUUGAUAAAACAUGGGUUAAGGAAAAGAGUCAUGACAAUUUUUUUCAGGAAAGUGAGCACAGCUGGGACAAAUCUUCACUCAACAGUGAUGCGAAUGCACGUGUUGAAGCCACGGAGGCUAAUUUGGAGGAGGAAAUGCUAAUUCUUGGCCAAGAAUGUAUGAAUCUGGGAGAUGAGCAGAGAAGGCUUGAACGUAAUGUAGAAUCAGUCAGCAGUGAGAUGUUCACUGAAUGUCAGGAGCUACUGCAAAUGUUCGGUAUACCGUACAUUAUUGCGCCGAUGGAAGCAGAAGCCCAAUGUGCAUAUUUGGAACUUGCAAACCUUGUUGAUGGUGUUGUGACUGAUGACUCCGAUGUGUUCUUGUUUGGGGCGCAAAGUGUGUACAAAAAUAUAUUUGAUGAUCGUAAAUAUGUUGAGACAUAUUUCAUGAAGGACGUUGAGAAGGAGCUUGGCCUAAGCAGAGAGAAGUUAAUUCGUAUGGCACUUCUUCUUGGAAGUGAUUAUACUGAAGGAGUUAGUGGGAUCGGCAUUGUCAAUGCUAUUGAAGUUGUGAAUGCAUUUCCUGAGGAGGAUGGCCUCCAUAAAUUCCGGGAUUGGAUUGAAUCACCAGAUCCUACCAUUCUAGGGAAGUUUGAUGGUGAAACGGGAUCAAGUGCAAAGAAAAGGGGGUCUAAAUUUGGGGAUAAGAAUAUCAAUUCACAGAGCAACAAGGAAGAAGUCUCUGCAUUUGACCAAAAUAAUUGCCACGGUCAAGAGCACAAGCAGUCAGCUGAUCUUAUUGAAGAAAUAAAGCAAACUUUCAUGGAUAAGCAUAGGAAAGUGAGCAAAAAUUGGCAUAUUCCCCUCUCUUUUCCAAGUGAAGCAGUUAGUGUUGCUUAUACUUGUCCACAGGUGGACAAAUCAACUGAGCCCUUCACAUGGGGAAAGCCAGAUCAUUUUGUUCUUCGCAAAUUAUGUUGGGAAAAGUUUGGUUGGGGUACCCAGAAGGCAGAUGAAUUGCUAAUACCUGUUCUGAAGGAGUACGACAAACGCGAGACUCAACUUCGGCUGGAAGCUUUUUACACAUUUAAUGAAAGAUUUGCAAGAAUUCGUAGUAAGAGAAUCAAGAAAGCUGUUAAAGGUAUCGCUGGAAAUCAAUCUUCAGAAUUGAUAGAUGAUGCUGCUCAAGAAGUUUCUAGAAGUAGAAAGAAGGGAAGCAUAAGUACUGAUGAAGCUGGAGAUGACAAAUCAGAGAAACUGUCAGAGGGAACAGAGAAAGGUGUUUUUAGAGAUCAGAGAAAUUCUAAAGGAAAGUCAACUAUUAAGCAGUCGAGGAAAAGGAGGACCACUGAAGUGCCUGUUCCAUCUGACCGACCAAAGCCUGCUGAAAUGGCGCGAACAACUAAUAGAAGAUUGCGUGCAAAUGGAAAAGGCAGAGGAAGAGGUAGGAAGGUAUUGGGAAGAGGAAAGGGAAAAGAAAAUCCCAGUGCUGAAGCAUCUGAAACCAGCUCUAGUAAGAGCGAUGAUGAUGAUGAUGAUGGGAUGGACCUUCAUAUGGAGACAGUAGAAGGGUCAGGAGAAGUGCGCAGGUCAGGGCGUUUGCGGAAGCCUGUAAAUUACAGAGUCAAUGACUUAGAAAAUGAUGAUGUUGAUGAUCCACUAGAUCACUGUGAUACAAAAUGCUCCAAUGAAGAGUCAGGGGAAGAACUAUCCUGGGAUGAGGGUAAAUGCGAGGAAGGUCCUUCUUGUUUCAGUGAGAAGAAACAGCAGAAUGCAGGGAACUUGUCUCCUAAUGCGGGCCUGUGUAACGAUUAUCUUGAAACAGGAGGUGGGUUCUGCCUUGUUGAAGAUGAAACUGGUGAACUUGCAGGAGGUGGGUUCUGCCCUGUUGAAGAUGAAACUGGUGAACUUGGCCUCAGCCAACACCAUGAUCCUUCUUUCGAGGCUGAGGUUUCUGAAGACUACCAUAAGAUGGGAGGGAGGCUUUGCAGAGAUGGUCAGGUUGGUAAUGACCGAGAUGAAAUUGGUGUACAAGCUACAGCUGCUGCCUCUGAAGAUUCCGACCUUCCCAAUUUCUCCGGCUUUGUCAAUAAAGUUGAUUUUGGUAAUGCUUCAGUUCAAUCCAGCGUUGGCACCAAAAGACCUUUACAAGGAUUUGAAGGUUGUGAGAGGACAGGUGCAUAUGAUACUGAACAAAGUAUAAAUGAUGAAAUAGCUUCAAAGAAUGACGAUCAUUCGAAGUUGAGUGUGUCACUGCAGGAAAAUACUGUAGAUAAUUCUGGACAGCCAUCCGUGGGGGUAGGAGCUCUAAGUGCAAUGCCUUUCCUCAGGAAAAAAAGGCGGCAGACCUGA